AGUUUCUUUAGCCGAAUCAGUUGUAGUGCUUUGUAGAAGCUUUUUUGAGUUGCUUGGUUCAAAACCAGAUAUAAUCGGUUUGGUCAAGUUUUGCAAUGAACGCAUUGGUAGAACUUACUUUAUUUGUAUUUGAAUAGGCGCAUACUGUAUAAUAUAUCAAGUACAACAACUACGUCGUUAGCUGGUGGCGUUGGUAAGAGGUAAUGCAAAGGCAUUGAACGGAAAAUACAACAGGGGCAAAGUGAAUUCUUUUUUAUUAUUUUUGGCGCAGAUUCCAAAAAACUGUUGUGUUCAUUAAAAACGGAUCUGAUAUCCUCGAUUUGCCUGCAUCAACUGCAAGUGUGUAAUAUUUCUAAUUAAUUACCGUACCGUUAAUAAAACAAUAAGUCAAUGAAUAUGACUUCCACCGAAACUCGUUGCGGCCUUACUUGCAGCACUCGUCCAUCCAGCCGUGUUCUAAAACCACCUGGCGGUGGUCACUCCAACAUUUUUACUGAGCCUGAGGUCGCCGUUAACGCGCCACGUCCCAAAUACAAUCAACAAAAUUCUUCCAACAUGAACGCUUGCAUGAAUUCCACUGAUCCCAACCAAAAGGUGGAGAAACUGCGCGAAGAGAUCUCACACAACAAGCAAGUCCAACCCGAGGCUGAAACACAAAAGAGCAACUCGGCCGCCACCACACCAACUGGCGGCUCGGCUAGUCAGACAGGCGGCAAUGAACAACCGUCACGCGGUCGUGUACCUCCCGGCGGUUUCUCAUCUGGUGGCUUCUGGUAAAGUGCCGGCGGUUGAGUAAAGUGUUGCGUUGCGAUAGUAACACUCCACAAGCAAAAUAAUAUAACAUAAAGAUAUUAUUUGUACGCAUCGUACAAAUUACAACAACAAUAACAAUCGCAUUUACUAUUACUAUUCGCUUCUCUCUACACAAAAAACUAAAGAAUUGCUUAUUACGGCGCCUGUAAGCUGCAGCAAUGGAAAAUAAAAGAAAUUCACAAUUUCAAGAAUACUUCCUUCAUAAUCUAUAUGUAUUGCCUUUGUCUGACAAAAAUUCUUACUAUUAUUAU